AUGAAUUGCGAACGCUUAAACGUUAAGACAACGUGUCUGACUUUCAGAGAGUAUGAACAACAAGUUGCUGGAGCCUGGGACUUGUGGGAGAAGUGCUGUGCCUUAUUAGAACAGACACCUGAGCUGGAAAGCUUUCUUAUGCAAACGCAGAGAGCACAAGGGUUUUAUUUUUCACCAGGGGAGAAGCCAUACAAAUGUGAACUCUGCGACAAAGGCUUUGCUCAGAAGUGCCAGUUAGUGUUCCACAGUCGGAUGCACCACGGAGAAGAGAAACCAUACAAAUGUGAUGUGUGCAACCUGCAGUUUGCGACUUCAAGCAAUCUGAAGAUUCAUGCCAGGAAGCACAGUGGCGAGAAGCCAUAUGUGUGUGAUCGCUGUGGCCAGCGGUUUGCUCAGGCCAGCACACUCACCUACCACGUGCGCCGCCACACAGGGGAGAAGCCCUAUGUGUGUGACAGCUGUGGAAAAGCCUUUGCUGUCUCCAGUUCUCUCAUUACCCAUUCCCGAAAACACACAGGAGAGAAGCCAUAUAUCUGUGGCAUUUGUGAAAAAAGUUUUAUUUCCUCUGGAGAGCUCAAUAAACACUUUCGGUCCCAUACAGGUGAAAGACCAUUUAUCUGUGAAAUGUGUGGGAAUUCUUACACAGAUAUAAAAAAACUUAAGAAGCACAAAACAAAAGUUCACACAGGAUCAGAAACUCCCCUGAUUCUAGUGCACUUGAUAACUCUUUCAAUGAACAAGAAUCCAUUCAGAGUCAGAAAAGUCCCUUAUCGGAGUCCAUAGAUGUGAAACCCUCUGAGAUGUCUUUAGCACUUCCUCUUCCCAUUGGGAGUGAAGACCAUCAGAUGCUGCUUCCUGUGACGGGUAGUCAGUCUCCUUCAUCAGAAACAUUACUAAGAUCUGCUGUGACUGGAUAUUCAGAACCUCAGUUUAUUUUCUUGCAGCAGUUGUACUGACAGUGCAGUAUAGAGGCAACAAGGUAAUUUGGUAGUGAACUUGCGCACGUUCGGUGAGAUGAACAUAAUGGAGCAAGCAGUCACGCUUUUUGAAUCGGACUUGUUCUUUUUUUUUCCCUCAGUGUAAAGACACUUGUACGGCAUUUCCAUUGUGCAGUGCUGUCUGACAUUUUUUGUUGAAUUGUGCUAAUCUACAAUGAAUUUUCUAUUUGCAAUUAACACCGAUUUCCACAAGACGAUUCUUUUCCAGCAACACCUGCCUUAAG